AUGGCCUCUACCUCGUAUCCCUUUGUCGCUGCAGGACCCGACGACAGUCGUUCUCCGUGUCCAGCACUCAAUGCGCUUGCGAAUCAUGGUUAUCUGCCCCAUGACGGCAAGAAUAUCUCAGUCUUUCAACUUAUAUCCGCCCUCCGCGAGGUGUAUGGCGUCUCCUUACCUUUUGCAUUUGGCCUUGCUGCCGGAGGUGUUGCACUUUGCGGUAAAGGGUUCAAGUUGAACCUAGGAGAUCUCUGCAAGCACAAUGCUAUCGAGCAUGACGCCAGCCUCGUACACCGGGAUGUUCGAGAGACCGGAGGUCCACUGGCGACCAACAAACCCGACAUGGAGCUCGUUAAAGCCAUUAUCGACUUGUCUGAUGGCAAGUAUGUCACCUUGGAUAAUCUUAUCAAAGCAAAGCUCGCCAGAGAGGACCAGGCCCAAAUCGACAACACUCACGGAUACCCCAACAAGCUGUUGAGAACCUUCUCCCACGGGGAGCUAAUACUGAUCAUGGAGCUCUUACAACGCGAUGGACCUGGUGUCCCCGUCGAAUGGUUUAGGGAGUGGAUCGGCAACGAAAGGAUCCCUGAGGGAUGGACGAAGCAGGGCUUUGGGUUUUGGCAGACGCAUACCAGAGGGAAAAAGGUUUCUGAGGAGAUUCAAGCGCUUCAUAAUGAGAGCGCGAAGGAGAGACGAAACAAAUAG